CAGGUGUACAGUGAUAUCGAUGUCAACAACAUUGAAGAUUCAGACGAUGAGGUUGAGAUCAGCCACUGGUGCCCCAUGGAUGCCCCAGACAUUCCCGAAGGAUGCACUGAGACAUUCAGUGUUCUCACCUAUAGUUGUCUGGUUGGUGAGUUUGAGAGUAAGGCUCUGAUGGUACCCAAAGACUGCAACUUUGAACACAUCCACGACAGUGAAGUCUGCAAACCCAAGAGUGAGCUACAUAGCCUGGCUGAGAAGCAGUGUGCUGCCACCGAUAAGACAGUCCAAGAUUACGGCAUGUUGUUACCUUGCAGGGAUGAGGUUGAUCUCUUCACUGGGGUGGAGUUUGUCUGCUGCCCCCCUAAGGCAAAGAAGUCCAAGAAAGUCAGCGAACCUGAAAUCUCAGAAGAGACGGAGCCAGUCCCACAAAAGCCCCAGGUAGCCGAACCAAAACCAGAGGUGGAACCUGUAGAGCCAGAGGCAGAACAAGACCCUGAGACAGACCCUGUGGCAGCCCCUACAGCAGAGCCUGUGGCAGACCCUGAGACAAACCCAAUACCAGAUGACCCAUACUUCCAGCAUGUCCCUGGGGCUGAUGAGGAGAGAGAAGCUUAUGAGGAAGCAAAGGAAAGAUUGGAGGAACAAGAGGAUCGUAAGAGGACACAGGUGAUGCAACAGUGGCAGGAAGCCCAAGAUCAGUAUGAAGCCCUGAAGAAGACUGACCCUAAGGGAGCUGAAGCUAUGAAGAAAGGCAUGAUGGCUCGCUUUGACGACACCAUGGCCGAGCUGGAGAUAGCCGGGCGCCAGGAGCAUGAGCAGCUUCGCCAGGUCCACCAGCAGCGUGUCCAGGCUCGACUGACUGAGCAGAGAACACAUGCUGAACAGUAUUUUGCCGAGUCCCUUAGGGAUAAUCCUCCCAAGACCAAGAAGGUUUUGCAUGCCCUGCAGAAGUACGUGAAGGCUAUCCAGCGUGACAGACAACAUGCCAUGAACGUUUACAAGCAUCUCCUAGUCACUGAUCCAGCCCGUGCCGAGUCUGAGCGACCUGAUACUGUGCGUCGUCUCCAUGACAUGGACACCAGCCUACAACAUUGCCUGGAAAUGAUCAAGAAGGCUCCAGAGGUGUAUGCUGAGAUCCAGAAUAAAGUUGAGGAUCUGCUAGCAUCCAGUAAAUCCCCUGAAGACAUCGCCUUUCUACAGUCCAUAGAGACAGCUCUGAGCAUGGCAACACCAACCGAAGAAGAAGAAGUGGAAGAGGAGGAAGACGGAACUGCCAAUGAUGAAGAUGAAGAGCAAGAAGAGACCGACGUACCCCUGCCUCCAAAGAAGACUCCUAAGAAGACCAUUCCGGCCAAGACCGCUAACACACCUGCCAAGGCACCCAUCUUCACUAAGGUCCGACCGCCGUUUGGCAAGGCGCCGUCUGGACGUAAGGUGCCGGAUAUUCCUGAUCUCCCAAUGGUUGUUGCCCAGGUUGAACCUGAAGAGCCAGUUCAGGUACCGGUAGAUGAACCUGUUGCUAAGAAAGCUGACGCUCUCCCUGCCGUUAAGAUUGUCAGCGCCGAAGCACCUGAGACAGAAAACCAACAACCAGCCUUGGUAGAUCAGGAUGUACCAACUGCCAAACAGAUGCCAAUCAUUGCAGUCAAACCUCUGGAGCGUUACCUUGACGACGAGACUGAUGCACAGACGGAGCAGCAACAGCCAACUGAGGCAGACGAGCCUGCUGUGCCAGCCAAGACCAGCAAACCUAUCCCGAUUGCCAAGAAACAGCGGCAGAAAGCUCAGAAAUCUGCCGCCAGUCGGAUUGACAAAGGUCCUGAGUUCCGACCCAAAUCUAGUAACAGCAUUGACAACUCUGUCAGUCAGAAGUCCAUCAAGUACAGUGCCACGCCAGCGUUGGCCUUUGGUUUGGCGUGCGGUGUACUAGCAGUGGCCACCGUCAUGGUCGUUGCUGUCAUCCUGGUGCGUAGGAAGACACGGCGUGUCCCCGUCAACCAUGGCUUCACCGAGAUCGAUCCCAACAUGACCGUAGAGCAACGGCACAUAGCGGCCAUGCAAGCUAAUGGCUAUGAAAACCCUACUUACAAGUACUUUGAGAUGCAGUAGGAAGCUGCCUACAACCCAAUCUCUUUAACAAAAAAAUAAAAAUAAAAAAAAAGUCUCAAAGCCGUAGGAAAGCUGUAGUUGAAAGGCCGCUUUUCAAAUUGUGAUUUUUGCAGUUUUAUCUGAUUUUAUCCCAUCUUUUUAAAUCUCCGUUAUCUCGCUCUACAGCACUUAUAGAAAACAUAGAUCUUGUCGUCUUUCCUCCAGUUUUGUCUUGAUUUUUUUUUUUAUUUGAAACAGAUCAGUAUGGCAGAUCUUAGAUGUAACAAAAGUUGAAAUGAGAUAAAGAAUGAGUGAUCUGUUUUGGGUAAAAAUGAAACAACCAGGUUUCUUUUUGCUUGGUAUCUAUCAGUGUUUUUAAAAUCCCUAUAAAUAUACCAGCGGUUCAAAGUGACAAUAAUAUAAGUCGUGCUGUACUUUUUGUAUCUCAAUCGUAAAUAAUAUCAGUAUUGUUAAGACGUGUGUGUGUGUCGUCGUAUUCAUAUUUCAAACUUUGAAUAAGAAUUGUGUCGAGCAGAUAAAUGAUUUAAGUGUAGGCACCGCACGGUAACCGUCAGUAAUAAAUUCUGGAUUGAUGCAUGCUUCUGCGACUUCGUAACAGCUUAUACAUAUCAGUAAUCGUUAGUACUUUUUGUAUUUUACCGUCCUAUUGUAUAAAAUCCUGUGUGGCAAAAACUUUCAAAAGACACAAGGGAAAAAGGGAUCCAAUGUGGACAAUGUCUGUCUGGGUUGAUGUAGAUAGAGGGUACAUGUUGUGUGCAGAUUAGAACGCAGCUGUAUUGUCGAUGAAUUAUCAAAUGUUGGUACAACUCAGUUUUUCUGAAGGCAAGCUUAUCAAUGGGUUUGUGUGCAUACAUGUACAUCCAUGGAAUGACCACUGUAUUGAGACUGACUGGGUUCAAGUAGGCUCACUUUCUUUCCUGGGAUGAAUCAUAAUUAUGAUAUAAGAGUAGUACUGGUGUUGGUUUCUUGAUAUACAGGGUAGAGCAGCAAAGACCUUUUCCAGCUGUGAACAGUUAUUGUAUAAGAUCUCAAGAAGUUGGAGAAAAACACUGUCACAACCACGAGGUGCAUGCCAAUCUGGACCAAACUAUGAGCUUAUGUUCUAAGUUCUCGGAUAAGUUGCCAUUCUUUUAGAGAGUGUAGAGUAUGAUCGUGACAGUUGAAGCCAAGUGUGGAAAUUGGCCUGUGUCCGUAUGUUGUGACUGUGGUUAGCAAUGACAUGUACAUCUAUGGAAGCCUGUGAACUAGACCUGCCAACAUGCCGUACUCCUUCCUGGAGCCAGGCAUUACUACACAAUAGAUUAGAAAUAGAUUUAAAAUAGAAAUCAACUGAAGGCUCAUUUAAAUACUUCUUCAUCUAUUGUGUAGUAAUGCCUGACCUCGGGAAGGAGUACGCCUAGGUUGGCAGGUCUGGUAAGCUAGCUGCUUAAAGCCAAUUCCCACAGAUGUACGCAUUAUUGCAAGCCAUAGCCACAAGAGUAAGACCUGACCUAGGUUCUCACGUGCAUGGGAAGGAAGUGACUUCUUCAAAACUGGUAGGCACGCUGAUUCCACUGAGCAACAUUUGCCUGUGUUAAGCAGGUUUAUGCGCUAAAAGCUGCAAGCCGUUAAUCCCUUUGUCAUGUCUUAGACAUGCGUAUUAUUAACAAGAAUGAAUGUGGUUAGUUUGGUCACAGCUGGAAAUUGGUCAAAUGUGUACAUUAGUGAAAAGGAUUGCACUCAAACCAUGUGCACUUCAUGUAGUUGUGAAUCUUAGAUUAGCUGUAUCACUUGCACCCUAGGUUGAGAGUUAGGCAUUGGUUGAUAGCCAAUCUCAUUGUUGUCAUUGUAAAAUGAUCAGUCCAUAUUAGAGACAGGUACAAUGUAGUCAGUGCUGCUCUGUGUAGUGUCAAUUGUUAACAGAUGUCCGUAUUCUACCAAUUAUAACUCAUUAAGAGAAACAAUUAGACCAAGUAAUUCCUGUUGACAUUCUUUGGGUGGAUAUUGUCAGUAAUCAUAAUGAGUAAUAAUUCUUUGAGAAUUGGUUUUCAACUCGGCAUUCGUAUAAUUGUUUAAGGUGUAAUUUUGACAAAAAAAGAUAUUUAUUCAAAACUGUUUUCUUAAUAAAAAUGCUAAAUUGUAUUCGUUAAUGGGAAAACUAAAUUUCAUGUAAACUCUUUGUUUACAAAUAGCCUACAUCUCGUGUUAGCAAAAUUUGUAUUCAGGUAAUACGUUUUAGACUUCAGGCAUAAUGGAAAAAUUUCUUUACGUAAGCAACGUGUUUGUGUAAUUUCAUUACCUUUCAAUCAUGUACCAAAUGUUUGAUUUUCAAAUGGGCAAUAUUUCAACCAAUGUAACCCACCACCUGUAUCAAUAAUUCCACCUGACAUUUAAUUAUGAGUAACUCACAGUUUUUUUUCCUAGUGUUUUCCUUUUUGAUGUUUCAUUUGAUACAAGGCCAAACAUAUUUUGCAUAUCGUAAAUUGAGAAAUCAACAUAAACUGAUGUAUCUUUUUGUUGUCUAAUCCACACUGGUCACUGUCCCAUUGAACACGAUUUCACCACAAAUUUGUCAUAGUUACUGUGAUCUCAUCACUAACCCAAAUGCCAUUAUUAUAAAAAAAACCUGAUCUUUUUGCAGCCGUUUUUUUACUAACAUGACUACGACACAACCCUUUCAUUUUUGUUUCCAGACCAUACAUAUCCAAAUUUGUCAGCAUCAAUUUCACAGAGUGAAACACUUGUCCUCUCAAGUGUAAGAUGGACAGGUGAAUUUUUGUUCAGGUUACAAUUCUAAAAGGGUUACGGCCUAAUGAUUUGAAAGCAGUAUUUUUAUAGUUGAAUGUUUGCUUGUUUCAGAUGUUAAUAAUCAUUUUUUUGUUACUGUACAGAAUUUAUAUUGCUUUUAGGAAAACUGCAUUUUUAUGUUUCAUUUUUUUGGCAUCAUGAUUCUUUGUGUGUGUAUUCAACAAUUUCCUCUGAAAAAAAAAAUUUGAUGCAGGGACAAAAAUGUAAAAUUAGAGCCUGACAGUUUUUGCAGAUGAUUUGAAUUUUUCAGUUUUUUUCCUGAAAAGGCUGUCUGAUGCAAAGUUACUUCUUUGUCAUUGGAUGUCAAGAAAAUAAUUUCUUCAUAUUUUCAUGUAUUCACAUUGAAUCAUUUAGGAUUGUGUGUAUUUCAGAGUUCAGUUCUAACUGCAAGAUCCAUAAUGCUUUCUGGUAGUCCUCACUAGUAUCAUAACUCCAUCUUCAACUCUGAAGGGCUUUAGUCAAAGUUCUAUGGUUGCCACAGUCGUCUCCAUUUGGCAUCAUUUUGCUCGGACUUGAUUUGACAAUAUCUGGCAACUUUCACAAGUUGAAAACUCAUGUUAGAGAAAACAGUAUUUUGACUUGACUGCUUAACUGUGCCAGCAAAUAGCAUUCAUAUGGUGUUCAGCUUCAACAUUGGGCCAACUUGACCCAGUAAGAGUUACACAAAUCUAAUGUAGCAUAUCAACCAUUAACUGCACAGACAGUGUUAUGGAUUCAUCUUCUCUAUAUUCCAUGGAAAAUAAUCCUACAUGUGCACCUGUAACUCUGCAGUCAUGUAAUAAAGCUUCAAUGUCACCCCAGUCA